AUGUGUACACAUUCAGUAAGUGGAUCAAGUCUUUUGUCAGGUUAUGAUGAAGAUGAUGUACAUGAAACAAGUGGACGAUCAAGACGUGAAUUUGAACAAAUUGAUGCUGUUCUUUAUAAUGAAGAAGUACCUAAACGUUUAUCGAUUAAAAAAAUUUGUGAUGAAUGGUCAAGUAAACCACAUUUUCGAGUUCGUGGUCGUUUAUAUUCUAGUGAUUUACAACAAGAUAUUAAUCAAAUAGAAACAAGAUCAAGUAUAUUAUCAUCAAAUGAUCAUUUAUCUAAUCAUUUUCAAAUAUCUAGUUUAGAUACCAGUAAAUUAAAUGUUCGUCUUGAUGAGACUGCUUCUGGUCAUUCAUCAAUUGAUACAAUUGAUGGUUCUGAAUUAAGUGAUGAUUCUGACUUAGAUAAUCAUAAUGAAUUCGAUGAUGCUUAUACAACAAGUACUAUUUUAGGCGAUCAUUUUAGUACUAGUGGAGCAGAUUCAUUUGAUACUGAUGAUAUUGAUGAUGAAAAUGGUAAUUAUUCAUUAGCUAUAUCUAAACGUAAUCGUACAAAAUAUACUCCAUCUUCAAUUAAAUGUGUAAAAGAUAGUAUAAUUAAUUCAUUAGCAUUAUCUAUACUUCAGAGAUUUCUUACUGAUGAACAGCCAUUAUUACAAUGUUAUAUUAAAAAUGUUGUUGCAAAUAAUUCUAUUAGAAUUCGAACAGAACCAAGACCAUCUUCAUUACCAUCACGUUCUUCAUCAUUAAAUCGUCUAUCACAACCAAUAAUACCAACAAAUUUUUCAUUACAACAAAAUCCAACAAUGACAACAUCGUCACCAUCUCGUUCAACACCUGAAGCAAAUAUAGAAUUAGCAUGUUUUUUACAUAUAAAAGGUUUACAUGGAACAAAUUCUAAUACAAAUCAUAUUCUAACGACAUCAUCAUCAUCACCAAGAAAACCUCAAACAGUAGCAUCAAAUUCAUCUACACGUAUUGAAAGAACGUUAACAAAUUUAUCUAUUGAAAAACGAAAUCAACAACAACAGCAACAACAAAUAUCUUUGAUUGGUACAGCUAUUGCUAAUUUUCCACUUCAAUUAAUUUCAUCUACACAAAAAUCAUCACAAUCUCAAACAAGACAAACUUCAUCAACACGACGUCAUUAUUCAGCAACAAUAAAUAAUUCUAAUACACAAAAUUUAGAAUCUAUUACACGUUUACCACCAAUUCCAAAUGAACAUAUAAUAACGAAUGAUCCAUUAAUGAUUAAUCGUUCAAAUACAAUAACUACAGCAAUUAUGGAAUCAAUUCCACCAGUAACAAGAGUUGUUAGUGGUAAAAGUACUACAUCAACUUUUUCUUCAACAACUAAAUUACGAACACAUGCUAAUGUUGGAAAACUUCACAGACCAUCAAGAUCAAUUAUAAUAACAUCAAAUAAAGAUAUAAAUUAUUCUCCAUCCAUAAGUCCAACUCGUUCAAUAGCCACAACAACUAUUCCUACUGCUACAUUAAAAACAACUGCUCUCAUGCGAACUCAUCAACAACAAUCACAAAAAAAAUCUUUAAUAACAACUAAAUCUACACAACCUUCAUCUUCAUCAACUGCUAUUAAAAUGUCUGCUACACAUAUUUGUUAA